AUGAAGAAUUCUACAACUUCUCCUCCUCCUCCGCCAUCGUUUUCAUCUCUUCCAGAUGAAAUCAUUGUGAGUUGCUUAGCACGCGUCUCAAAAUCUCAAUACGGUUCCCUCAGCUUAGUCUCCAUGAGCUUCCACUCUCUCCUCUCUUCUCCGGAGAUAUACGCAGCUCGUUCUCAAAUCGGAGCCGAAGAGCCUCGCCUCUAUUUAUGUUGUGAUAUUUUAAGUACAGCCACCACACGUAGUCAUCGCUGGUACAAUCUCAGGACUCUCGAUGAUGAGAUAAUCAAGAAAGGCAGAAAUGCCUUUAUCAGCGUAAACGGAGCUGAAAUUAAAAUGAAGACUGAAUUGAGGUUAGUACCUGUAAAAAACUCUUCGUUUCAUCUAUGUGAUCGAUCAGAAGAAGCGAAAUUAGUUUUUGGUUCCGACAUCUACCAAAUCGGCGGAAUCAACAGAAAUAACAAGCGGUCUAGAUCCGUCUGUGUGCUUGAUUGUCGGAGUCACACGCAACGUCGUGGUCCUAAGAUGAAGGUGGCAAGGCAACGCGCAAAAGCUUGUGUUUUAGAUGGGAGGAUAUAUGUAAUGGGAGGAUGCAGUGAGAAAGAAUGUUGGGGUGAAGUUUUCGACGUAAAGUCUCAGACAUGGAAGAAAGAGCUGUUACUGCCUAGCCCUAGUGGUGAUUUUAAAUUUGAUUGUAAAUUUGAAGUGUUAGCCCUUGGAGGAAGGAUAUACGUUAUCACCGAGCGUAACAACUAUGCUUAUGAUCCUAAACAAGGUAGAUGGCUGCUGCUAGACACGGGUUUUGUUGGUCUAAAACGCAUACUGGAAUUAGGUACUGUUUGGUGCGUUCUAGAUAAUAUAGUGUUUAUGGAGUUUUGCGAUGAUUUGUUCUGGUAUGACGUGAGCUGUGGAAAGUGGUUGAUUGUUGAGGGUUUGGAAGAUCUGUGUUAUACCAAGGUUAAUUGUCGUUACCGUAUGGUUCAAUUAGUUAACUAUGGUGGUGGGAAAGUGGUGAUUGUAUGGUUAGUGUUGCCUCAACCUGUAGUGAUGAGGAAUAAGCAGCGUGUCAUUCCUGAAGAGAAAACUUGCUUUGCCGUGGUUAGGUUGGAGAAGCGUCUUACAUCAUCUGGACUUACUAUUUGGGGAGAGAUUGAACAGUUGAGCUUCUCUCUUGUUCACGGGUCAUAUAAACCCUUGACAUGUCUAUCAGUCUCGCUUUGA